ACUCCCACCCUCAUUGCGUCUAUUCACAUUCAUCUGAGUGGCAGCAGCGCCGUGCCAUGUAAAUGCGUCCUACCUUGCCUGUUCUACAGGUAUUUCCUAACCUUAACCGUGUUUUUUUGUGUGUUGUGUGGACUUUCACGUUUAAGGUGCGAUCAAAAUGUUGCAGAGAGGAUCUUAGGUUGCACAAUCCAACCUUGCAGGUAGUGUUUUUUUUUUCUUCCUUUUAAAGUCAGCGAUGUUUCCAUGGCCCGCCAUGAAACCCUCCACAUGCAUGCUGGCCUCUUAAAGCGCCUCUAGAAACACCCUGCAUCCACGGCCCUGGUAUUUCUGCACGGCGUGCGAUUCAGGUCCGCUCGGAGGCUACAGCUAUGAACGUGUAACCAUAACAACUGCGUUCUGAUUGGCUCUCCUGGCACGGGAAUUAACAAGGGCGUCAUCCAAUCUGAGCGCAGGACGCGCGUCGCGCUGGCAAAACCUCGUGAUAACCAGGCACAGUGAUGCGAAAGUGGCGACGUGAAGUGAGCCCGAAGGAAAUGACUGGACCCAAAACAAAGCACAAGCGAGGGAUAAAAUAUUAGAAAUAAACACGUGUGAAUGAUGAUGUUUUAACUGCGUGUUCGUGAGAAAACAUGUCCGGUUUGUCCAUUACGCAGUCCAUCAGCUGGCGCGGCUGAAAUCUCUCCUCCUCUCCUCUGGAUUGUGGGUUGUGACAAGUGCCCAGGACAGCAACCAAACAGGACCAGGACUACAACAAAAAUUCCGGGGGAUUGUCACGGGAGGUUCCUCCAGUUUUCGCCUGACAGCACACCCUCCCGGAGCCAAGACGUUGUUCCGCGUGGACCCGGGUUGCCCCAGUCCGAGCAGCGCAGUCCGUGUGGGAAGGUCGGCACUCGGCGUCCUGCAGGCCGGAGACAUGAUGGUCCACUGUGCCGGGUGCGAACGGCCCAUCCUGGACCGGUUCCUCCUCAACGUGCUGGACAGAGCCUGGCACGCCAAGUGCGUCCAGUGCUGUGACUGUAACUGCAACCUCACCGAGAAGUGCUUCUCCAGGGACGGAAAGCUCUAUUGCAAAACGGACUUUUUCAGGCGGUUUGGCACAAAAUGCGCCGGCUGUCUGCAGGGAAUCUCACCGAACGACUUGGUCCGCAAAGCGCGCAGCAAGGUGUUUCACCUGAACUGCUUCACCUGCAUGGUGUGUAACAAGCAGCUGUCCACGGGGGAGGAACUCUACGUGAUAGACGAAAACAAGUUUGUGUGCAAAGAAGAUUAUCUGAGCUCAGGAGCCAUUAAGGAAGUCAACUUGAACUCAGUGUCGUCGUGUACAGAUAGGAGUUUAUCGCCGGAUCUGCAGGACCCAAUACAGGACGACAUAAAGGAGACGGACAAUUCAACGUCCUCAGACAAGGAAACGAACAAUAUUGAGAAUGAGGAGCAGAACUCGGGCACCAAAAGACGGGGGCCCCGGACCACCAUCAAGGCCAAGCAGCUGGAAACGUUAAAGGCCGCGUUUGUCGCCACGCCGAAACCGACCCGGCAUAUCCGGGAGCAGCUGGCCCAGGAAACGGGACUAAACAUGCGCGUGAUUCAGGUUUGGUUCCAGAACAGAAGAUCCAAAGAGCGACGAAUGAAACAGCUGAGCGCUCUCGGGGCGCGGCGGCACGCCUUCUUCAGGGGCCCGAGGAGGAUGAGGCCCUUGGGAGGCAGGCUGGAGGAUCCAGACAUACUGGGGCCCGGAGCGUACGGUUACUACGGAGAAUACCAAGGUGACUAUUACGGACCAGGGAGUAACUACGACUUCUUCCCCCACGGCCCUCCGUCCUCGCAGGCUCAGUCUCCAGCCGAGUCCCCCUACAUCCUGGGCUCUGGUCCCGGAGCUAUGGAGGGAUCAGGCCACCACCCUUCAGACGACCAAAGGUUCACGGACAUGAUAUCCCACGCGGAAACCCCCAGUCCGGAGCCGGGCUUACCGAGCUCCCUGCAGCCGGUCCCGGGGGAGGCGUACGGGGGCGGACCCAGUCCCCCUUUCUCCUUGGCGAGUAACUCCAGCUACAGCGCUCCAAUGUCCCACCAAGGCCAGGAAAUGGGAGAAACCACAGCCUGGUAAAGGACGAACAGCAGGGACCAUUCCUGGGCUGAAUGUCAGCUCAGUUAAUUCAGGAGAUGAAUCGAAAAAAAAAAAACCCACAUUGUGGAGCGUAAACAGCUUAAAUUUCUAUGGAGGACUUUUUGAAAUAAUGGACCGAUUUUCACAACUGACAAACUGACGGACUUGGUAAUGGAAUCAAGUUUAUGGAGGUGGAGAAUGGGAUAGCUUGCAGGAAAAGGUAAUAUUUGCUGCCCAAUAGACACUCCAAAGCAUAUCCCCUCUUGGACUUGAAUUAUUAAAAAAAAAAUAAAAAAAAUUGAGAUUCCAUCCAGCAAAAAUGCUUCUCGCCUUCCCCUUGAUGUUAAUGAAGCUCUAGGAACACAUUAGAGAGAAAUGCCAAAGGGGACAUUUUUAGUUUUCUUAAUUUCUCACCACACCCCCUCCCCCCCCCCACACACAAAAAACGUUGCUUCAAAGCAAUAUUAGUUUUCAUUCUGUUGCUCUACACCUGUCUUUAUUGCUAAGUCGCCACUCUACCUUCAAAUGAAAAGACAAAGGACCAGGUUUUAACAUAUGCUUUAAUGUUCAUAUAUAAACACGUACAGUAUGUGGCAAUCAAGACAGGAUAUGUUUAUGUUUUAGUCAAAAAUGUUACUCAUUAAAAAUUUUCUCUUUCGUAAAACAAUAUUUCAAAUCAAAAGCUGCUGCUUGAUAGAAACCGCACACACACACACACAUUAACACACACGCACGCACCUCUGGCUUUCUCUAGCGCAGAUCUCAGCCAUAAGUCCCUUAAUGCACAAAAAGCGUUCUUGAUCAUACCUUAAAAGAAGGAUGUCUAUACCAUUAUUCAAAACACGGACACAAUUAUACAGACACUUGUGCUCACUCACGCACCCUCACACCCAUCCAGGCGGCCCUGAUAGUUCUGCUCUGCACACUGCUUCACCUGACCUUCCUUUUGUUACUGUCCCUUUUAAAAAACAUGUUUUAAUGGAAAUGAUUUUCAAAAGAACAUUGAACCCAUAAUGGAGAAUCUCCUUCAACAGCUGAGGUCUCCUUCCUCUAAAGAGUGAAAACAAAAGAGGGGGCAGACAACAUCUGUGACAUUACUGCUGUGUGCGUCUGAAGCACUCGUUGCCAUCUAGUGGCCAUGUUUUUAAGACAUGCAGCAGAAUUAAAGGGGGGAAGAAAAAAAAUCAGCUCAAAGAAAACACAGUCCGGCUGUAUUUAGAGGAACAUCUUUAUACUGCAGAGGUCAAAUUAUUAUUAUUUUCUCUCCUAAAUAAUACCAUAAUUCUGCAGUUUCAGGGCCAAGUGUCACCGGUGACCCUUAUUUUGAAAAGUCAGCCUUUGUGGAGCUACAUUAAAGAAAACAAGAUUUUCAUCUGGCCCAUGUUAGCUGGUAUCAUUCACUACAAAACCUCCCAUAAUUCCUCAUUUCAGCUCCUUUUUAUUCACACGACAUCUAACACGUGUAAUACUGUUUUGUCUACAAUGAGUUAGCUCUACUUGAAAUAUUGUUUUAUUGAGAUAAUUUGUGUUUCCUUUGGACAUUGUAUAAGAUCUAGAAAGAAUGUGUCUUAUUUCUGAUGUACUGAGAUAUUCUUGGAUACAAAAGUGAGCGUGCGUGUGUGUGUGUGUGUAUGUGUGUGUAUGUGUGCUUGUAUGUAUGUGUGUGUGUGUGUGUGGGGAAGUGUGUAUGCUUGUUGUGUGCAUUUGUGCACAUUGAAGGGGGGAAAAAGGGACAAGGCUGUAUUAUUUCUAUGUAAAUAGCACUGGUAAUAAAACCUUCUCUUACAACUUGAA